AUGCGACCGGUUCCGGCGAGCGGCAGCGCAUCAGCCCAUCGUGGGCGACCAGACAGCUUGACGCCAAAUGCGACGAUUCCUGCCAUGACGUACAUGGUCGGCACGGAGGAUUCGAUCAGUGACCUGGGCGAGAUGAGCUUCCACACGCAGCGAUUCCCCUACAAGAGCGACUAUGAAGCCAACCAGCGGGCCGGCAGGAGUGGCCACCGAUCCAACAUGUCGGCAUCAACCUCCAUAUCAUGGCCUUCACCGUCCCUGUCAUCUCAGCCCGGCGGCGAGACUCCGCACGAUCUCUCGCGGCCCAUGACGCCGGUGAAUCUGGGAACUACAGGCCCCGAGUCUGUCAUCAGCUCGGCUUCUUCGCCACUGAGUUCGCCGGUCCACUCCAUGUCCGCCAGCCGAAUCAGCUCGUCUCUAAGUCUCAUCAGUCCUCACCACGGCGACAUCGGUCUCUAUUCGCAUACGAUGGGGGAUCUCGCGGGAAGCCAUACGCCUCAGCUUAUUAUGCCCAGCUUGACGGUUCCGCGGAGGCGACCCUUUUCAACCACGGGGAAAUCGCUGGGGAAGCUCAAGGUACUGGUGACGGGUCCAGAUGGUAUUGGAAAGUCAACUCUAAUCACAGCCAUUGCACAGUCUAGCGAGCAUAUUGUUCAUGUUGACCCUGUAUCGAAUCACAAUAAAGGGGAGGUAUCAGAAGUGUAUGCGAGCACCCGCCCUUACCCGUGGUGGAAAGCAGAGCUGGAUCAGUCUACUACAUCGAGACGAAGAAGCUCGGCCAUGGACGAGAUGCUUGACCGUAACCUCUGCUUUGUAGACUGUCCGCCGCAGACGUCUCAAGCCACCCACCCAGCAGUCCGUUACGUUGAAUCGCAACUUCUCCCCCUAUUAAACCGGCCUAUCAGUGAUGGUGACCUCUGGAACCUCUUGAGCAGCGGGACUGAGCCUAUUGUAGAUGCAGUUUUGUACAUGUUGCCUCACACAGGACCUGAGCCCUCAGACGUAGAAACAAUCAGGCUGCUGCAGAACACAACCAACGUCAUCCCACUGCUAGCCCGUGCCGAUGAAAUCAACAAUGACCAGGCCAUGGCCUGCAAGCAAUAUAUCGAUGACGAUCUGCGUGAAAAGGACGUGGAGUACUUCUCGUUCCGUGCUCCUGGAGUGUCUUCCGAAACCUCUGACAUUUAUGCCGUCUCAAGUAUAUCUGAUUCUGACGACGACGUAAUGGACGCCAGUGUACUCAUGAACUCGGAAUAUGUGCGCCCACUCGUGUCUACCGAUCUCAGUAGGCUUGUGGAGCAGCUCAUGUCGCACGAUGGAAGCGCAAGACUACGGCAUGCCGCCUCCCUCAAAUGCGUCCGAUGGCGGAGGCAGACGGCAAUCACCUCCUCGGCGCAGACAGCCCUCAUCUGUCGGCAGCCCAUGAGCCUAUACUCGUACUCCCCUUCUCUAUGGGGACGUUCAUACUCGCCGGAACAGUACGACCGGCCGCUGGAGAUGGCGAGCUGGGCAGAGAGCUUGCGGCAGAGCCUUGAAGCAGAGCGCCUUGGAGAGCUGCCGGUGCCGAUGCUCGGGCCUGGCAUGACGAUGAACAACAUGCCGCUGGCAAGGGUCAACCAGAAACUGAGGCGCCAGAGAAGCAAAAAGUCAAAGCGCGAUGAAGUAGUGCCCCAUCACCAGGAUCCACUCGGGCUUCUGGGGCUAGCCGGCCAGAUCAAGUGUAACAGCAGGCUAACGCUUGAGCUUGUCAGCAGCAUUGGUGUUGUCGGGUUUGUCACAUCAUGGCUUGCUCGCCCGGAUGGUUUGGCGUCGAAAUGUUGA